CGGUGGUUACCAGUGGUAACAGGUAGCCAUAUUGGGUAGUCAUCAGCACACAGCCUGUAUGGGCAGGUGUGUUACCUGUGGCUCCGUCAGGAAGCACUUUCCUGAGCUCUGCUGCCACAGAUGACCGACAGAGACGCCAAUGAAUCUUAACGACGGACCAGAUCAUAAAAUAGUUUCCCUCGUCACUGCUCAUGAUUCACCGCAAUCCGCCUUUUGUUUCGGCGAUUCAGCCUACAGACAAUCCCGCACUCGUUUUUUUUUUCUUUCUCUGGUGUCAGACGGAGGGGAAGUGCUUCCUGAUAAUAAAGAGGUGCGUCUUAUUUCCAUUCCAGUGAUUGACUGCGCACCGCUUUCACCGCCGGGAGCUGGGGGCAUUGACGCAUUGUGGAGUCGACAGGGGGUAGCACUGCAACCCCGGCUUCGCUACACAAACGGAGGCAUCUAUCAGGCGAAACCGCGAUGGCCGUGGUGCAGCUCGACACGGAGGACCAUCAACCGGAGAACGGCUUCGUGUCCCCCGAAACCACGUCGCCGGGGCUGCUGACACGCAUCGACGGUUCUGUUCUACCAUUUCUCGGGGGAUUUGGGAAGUACCAGAAACAGCUGAUCGUGCUGACAUGGAUCCCGGCGUUAUUUAUUGGAUUCAGCCAGUACUCUGAUAAUUUCCUCCUCGCCCAGCCAAACAACACAUGUGUCCAGCCUUUGGCAAACCUGACUAAUCAGACUAAGGGUUAUUCCUCGUUGUUAGACAGUCCAAAAAACAUCAGCGCUCGACCGGCUUAUAUCUAUGCCAAUGGGAGUUACGGCAAACACAAUGACACGAACAACAUGCACUGUCAGUGCAGUGAGUGGACCUUCGAGCUGCACACGGGACUCGUGCAGAAUGUUGUUACCAAGUGGAGUCUGGUGUGUGACUCAGCAUGGAAAGUCCACAUUGCAAAAUUUUCUCUAUUGGUGGGAUCCAUCUUUGGAUACCUGGUAUUUGGAAUCCUUGCUGACUGGUUUGGCCGCCACCCAGUGCUGAUCAUAUCGGUGCUCUUCAUGCUGGUGUUUGGUCUGACUGUGGCCUUCUCUGUCAACGUGCCCAUGUUCAGCACCCUGCGCUUUUUUGAGGGCUUCUGCCUGGCAGGGAUCACCCUUUCUCUCUACGUCCUCAGGAUCGAGCUGUGCCUGCCAGGAUGGCGUUUUUCCAUGACCAUGGUGGCUAGUUUUGUGAUGUUGGGCGGUCAGCUGCUGAUGCCCGGGGUUGCCUACCUCUGUCGCGACUGGCAGGUACUUCAAGCUGUCAUCAUCUGCCCCCUCCUACUGAUGCUGUCCUACAUCUGGAUCUUUCCUGAGUCACUGCGUUGGCUGCUGGCCACUCAGCAGUACUGCCGCUCCAAGUGGAUUAUGGGACACAUAGCAAAGAAAAACCGAGCGAACAUGGAGCUUGACGUUGAUAAUAUCCUGACAGAACUGCAGAGAGCUCUUCAAAAGAAACCCAAAAAGACGUGCAUUGUGAAAAUGGUUGGGACAAGAAACCUCUGGAAGAAUAUCGUUGUCCUCUGCGUCAACUCGCUGACAGGCUAUGGGAUCCACCACUGCUUUGCCCGCAGCAUGAUGGACCCUGAGGCUCAGGAGACGACUAUGUUCCAUAACUUCUAUGCAGACUACUACACCAUGGCGGGCAUUGCCGUGGCCUCCUGUAUGGCGCUGUGCCCAGCCGUGGGCCUCAUGGGCCGGCGUGGUGGCCUUCUUAUGUUUAUGAUUAUCACUGCUCUGGCAUCGCUGCUGCAGCUGGGUCUGCUCAAUUUGCUGGGGAAGUACAGUACUCAUCUGAAUAUAGAUAGCUCUGGCACGCUGAAUAAGAACUUCUCCACCGCCUUCUCCAUCAUCGGCAUGUUUUCCUCCCACGCAGUCAGCAACUUGAGCAUCUUCUUCUGUGCUGAGAUCACACCCACUGUGAUAAGGGGUGGUGGUGUAGGCCUCGUGCUGGCCAGCGCCGGUUUUGGCAUGCUGACUGCCCCCAUAAUGGAGUUGCACAAUCAGAAGGGCUAUUUCCUCCACCACAUUAUCUUUGCCUGCUGCACUCUUAUCUGCAUCAUCUGCAUUCUCCUGCUGCCCGAGACACGCUACCAGCCCCUCCCUGAGACCCUGGCUGACGGCGAGAGCUACACUCGUCAACCUCUCCUUCCCCCAAGGAAACCUGGAGAACAGCGCCUCUUACUGGCCCAAUCUGAGAGUAGCAGAGACUACACCAGGGUGCAUGACACACCCCUCCAUGAAGCAGCCACCACAGUUGUAUCCACCAUGGACUCCACCGCCUCUUCAGCUGUCGAUUUGACGGUCGGAGAUAUGUCUGCUCCCAUGUUCAUGGAGGUGCACCCCAGCAAGCCCGGGCCUAAAGACCCUAAUGGUCACUCAGUUACAUCUUUAUCCAUGGUCCCCCUGGGUAAAGAUGCCAUCAUAAAUGCCAGCAAAGAGCACCUGCUGUCUUCCACUCCUUUACACAAAGCCUCAUGUGUCACAGAUCCACUUUUAGCCAAUUCCGAAGAACCUCCAGCAAUAGUCAGAAUAGAUUCUGUUGAGCCAGUGAUGGAUUCUGCCAUUCCUGAAAUGAACAAUAUUGAACCUUCUCCUUCAAAACAGUCAGUCCCUAUCCCUGCCCCGUCAGUGGACUCUUCCCCUCCCCCUGUCCCUCAAACUGUGCCUGCAUCCUUAUUGAUCUGCACAACACCCAUCAUUGAACCCCCGCCCAGCUCCACAUUAGAAUCCCCCAACCCACUGGCUAAUGACACCGACACUAUCACCCCAGAAUUCGACCCACCUCUGCCAGAGGACACUCAUGCCACUUUAGCAGACUCCCCUACUCCAUCUAUGCAUGACAGUCCCCCUCCAUCCCCUACUCCCUCUCCUGUUCCCAUGCCAGACAUUUCCACUGACCCUCCACCCUCCAUUAGGGUUCACUCUGACAUUCCCAUUGAGUUCGAAAUAGUAGACGAAUCUUCAUCUGCUCCAUCAACUAUAGACUCGAGUCCCCCUGUCAUAGAUUCCCAAUCAUCACAGUUAGAAUCUACCCCUCCCUGUGUUAAUGUUAUACCCCCUAGCUCUCCUACUCCCCCUAGUCCAGUCACUGGUUCUCCUUCACCCACUCCCCCUCCACCCAUUGACUCAGAUCAUAUGCCCUCAACGGACUCUUCCACUCCCCCUGUCAUAGAUUCUGUCAGCACCACUGCACCAAUUCCUAUCAUUCUCCCUGUCACAGACAUUGUGCACACAUCUACUCCAGAAUCAACCACUCUGACUGUCACAGACAUUGUUCAACCCGCACAGGAUUCACCUGCUUCCCUUGCCAUAGAUUCAGUACCAACUUUCAUUACCGAUUCAGGCUCUACAGAGGCAACUCACCCCUCUCUAAUGGACUGCACCGUCUCCUCCCCCAUAGACUCUGGUGUCCUUUCCAUCAGGGACACUGCCAGCACAGAAAACAACACUGUCAAUGGCGUGGCGUCAUCAUGAUCCAGUGUUGCAGCCAGUAAAAGAAGCUUUACGGUUGCUGAGGAAGCGGCCUACGCCACAUGAAUAAUGAAAGGGGGGGGCGUGAAUUGUCCUGCUCAGACUUUAGGCACUCAAUGAAGACUGUCCCCACCUGGAGUUGAGCAGACAUGUCUUACAGAGCUGCUGUACGUUUCUCAUGUUCCCCCCCUUCCUGCAUUUAGCCAAUAGAUGAGACCACGCACGUGAGAGAGUGCCAGACGCUGGUUUGUGACAAUGUGACAGUAUCUUCUGCUCUUUUUGAAUGUCACUGGAAAUCACCAGCCUAUAAACUACUUUGAUGUAAAUGAAUGGAAAAUCACUGUCUGUCAUUUUAAAGAGACUUACAACUAUACCCACAAUCACUGAAAGGACUGGUGAAACAUGCAAGGAUGCUAAAAACAAGAAAAGAAAAAACAACAAAAAAAAUCAAGUCACUGGUGUCUGUCUAACAUAUUUGUAUAAAAAUAUCGCCUUACCUGUGUGGACAAAAAAAUCUGAAUGUUACAAAGUAUUUUUUGCCAUUGCAGAGGUAAAACAAUCCAAAUUGGAGUGACUUUUCUAAAUACAACGCCAAAAACUACGCUGACCAAAAUUAAAUGUAGACAUAGUGCCAAAAAAUGAGUAUAAAUGCAGUAUUUGCCUGUUUGGGGAAAUACUAGUGCAGUCCCCUGCCAUAGACUGUAUGUGGUUUAAAGCAAAUCAGAUGAACCCUAUUCCAAAGUUCAGAAAUUCAAAAUAAGAAUUUAAAUUAUUAUUAAAUUAAUAAAAGACUGAAAUGUUAUAUCACCAUUUGAUAAAUUAGACUUGAGAAAUGAGCUUGAGAUUGCUAAAUUGCUUUCAUCAACAUGUGGUUCAUUGUGUGAACAGAGAUAUUAGAGAAAAGAACGACCCAUAUUUUGUUGGUCUGAAGAAACUUUUAUUUUUCCAAAUCGUUUCAGUCAAUGAAAUUUAUGGUAUGCAAAUGCUUUCAUUUGUAAAUGUGAUAUUGUAAGUAAAAUGCAUUUAAUUAGUUGUUGAGCUUGAUUCAGUCCUUUUUAAAAAAAAAAAAAAAAAUCAAAGUAUUAUUUUGAAUAAUUUCCCAUGGCGUGACUUUAAUGUACAAACCUAUACUUCAUUCUUGCAGUAUUUGUGGCACCAUAGUUUGGUGCCACAUUAUUCUUUGCAGUUGGGACAAAGCAUGAAAAAUAAUUGUGAACGCGUCAGCAAAACAAACUUGCAAACCUUAAAAAGACACAAAAGCUAUUUUUGAAAUGAAACCAAUGGAUGACAAAAUGUUUGAUGUGAUUGCCAACCGUCACAACAUUGCUAACCUUCAGUGUGUUUUCCAAAUCCUUGUUCUGGCAUUAACAUAGUUUAUGUAUGUUGAUGUGUCCAUACAUUCACAUGCACAACUAGGUUUACCUUAAACAAAUGCAAUAUUUCAUAUAUUUGUCAAAUUGACACUUUAAAAUACAGGUCAGAUCCUUAAUUAUAGAUAGAUUAACCUAUUCAUACUCUUGAUUUGACAGACUCUUGCUUAAAGAGGCACUUUCUCUUCCAAAGCCUGUGUCCAUGUGUGGACGGUGUUGUACUUGACUUAAAACUGUAUAACUUGACAGUUAGUAGUUACAUACUUCAUGCGCUGGAGGUCGUAAUAUUUGUCAGAGAAAUAUGUGUGAUUACAGAUACAGACCACUGUUUACAACGACAAUAAUAAUAAUAACCAUAAAUAAUAAUAAUUACACCUUACUGUAAAAUUCAAGAGCCAACUGAAUGAUGUCGUGUCAUUUCAAAUGUGAUAAAACUCUCUCACACUCAUCAUUUUACAUUUAUCCAGGGAGUUUUGGUGAUCUAUUAAGGUGUUUGUUCAGGAGUUAAGGACAACUCUCUUGUGGUACACCUCUGAGUUACUUCACUCACCAAUAUUCUCUUGUUUGCACUGGCAAAGGCUACAUAUCUUUUGGUAUGAGAAUAAUUGAUUGAUAUGGUUAUUCUACUCAAAUGCAGCUUGAAUCAAAGUACGGACGCUCUAUUUUUAAUUUCGAUCGCUGAUCAUCAUGUCAACAAACUUCCAUUUAGUGAAUAUAAACAUUUAAAUGUCUAACAUGUGUAUGCCAUGCUGCUAAGCCUCAAAGCACAAUGCCCUGCAAUCAUGUGAUGUCAAAUUUAGUGGAGCUUGGCGUCUUUGACAGUGUAAAAAAAAUAAAAAUAAAAAAAGGGGGAAAAUGGAGUGGGAUUUUGAAUAUAAUACAGAAACACAUUAACUUUUGCAAUAGACUCACAUGUAAUCUACUUUGUGGGACAGGGUGUUGACGCUGGAUUUAUAAUAGAAUUCUUGGCAUCCGCAGUAGGAAGUGGGUUGACUGCAGUGGUAUUAUCUUCACAUUACUCUGAGUCCUCGUUGCCUGUGACUGUUGUCUCUCUGUCUUAAUGUGCAUAUUGCAGAAGUUGAACUGUGUAUCGCCAAAAGCCCAUGCAACAUCAGUGUAAAGACAAUAACACAGCACAAAAUACAUCCAGUGUCUUUUCUGAGAUCUGUUGCUUCCAUUUUCACAACUCCCUAGCAGCUAUUCCACGGUGCUGAUUGGAGCUAUUACACCAUUUGGUUUGACUUUAUUUGGAGUAAAAAUCAGUAAGAGCAAUGUUAGCACCAGCGGUAGGACUAACACGAAGACAGUGCUAGGUGAAAAAAGCAAAAAAAAAGAAAAGAAGAAUGGGUUACGUCUUUGUAAAUAGUAAAUGUGUGGAGACACCCAGCCUUGAUAAGAUGAAGGAUCAUAGAUCAUAACAUGGACUGGUGAAUAGUUCUGAACUUGGUAGAUGAAAGUCUCAGAUAUGAAGUCCACAGUGUACACAUUUCAGGUUUUGCGUCUCUCGACCGUGUGACUCAGAAUCUCUCGAUGGGAGAUUUGAAUGAAUGUAAAAACCAUGGAUUGUACCAUUUAUAAUUUCCGAUUGUUUGGUUUCAUUUUGUUUUUGUUUUAACAGACAUAAUGCACUUGUAUAUAAGCCAUACCUGUUGUUAAAAUAAAACCACUAUUUAUUGAUCAA